CCCCCCAGACAAUGACGUGUAGCUCCAACAGCAGCAGCAGCGUGUGCACUGUGUCCGUCUGGCGGUGUACCUGCUGUUAGUCAGUAGGUUUCAGAGCAGAGAGAGUAACAGACGCUGAUCUCUUUCUAUUUUUUCUGUAAUUUUUCUGCUCACACCUUCUUUCGCCUUGUUGUUAGGGAGAGCAAACCGUCCUCCAGAGUCAAACCCGGUCUGACAAGAGAAGGAAUGCAGGUGAACACAACUGCAAACCGGGGAAACAGAGUAGGGAAUUAUUUUCAUUAAGAAGAAAGAAAGAAAAAAGGGAAAAAGACUCGUGAAACUCGGCCAGGAUGGAUGUUUCCUUGCCCGCUGCUUCUCGUCUUCUCUUGACGAACUCUCAACCGUGUGUCGAAACAGUUUGGCCGGAGGAACACACCGUGGGUGGCGGCGGAGCUGCGUGUCAGGUGCCGGUGAAGAAGCAAGCCGUGAAGAGGCAUCACCACAAACACAACCUGAAGCACAGGUACGAGUUCCUGGAGACACUCGGCAAAGGAACCUACGGCAAAGUGAAGAAGGCCAGGGAAAGAUCCGGGAGACUGGUUGCCAUUAAGUCCAUUAGAAAAGAGAAGAUCAAAGAUGAGCAAGACCUGGUUCACAUCCGCAGGGAAAUCGAGAUCAUGUCGUCACUCUGUCACCCACACAUCAUCACCAUAUAUGAAGUGUUUGAAAACAAGGACAAGAUUGUGAUCGUGAUGGAGUACGCCAGCCGAGGCGACCUGUACGACCACAUCUGUGACAAGAAACGCAUCUCUGAACGGGAGACGCGUCACUUCUUCAGACAGAUCGUGUCAGCGGUGCACUACUGCCACCAGAAUGGAAUAGUACACCGGGACCUGAAACUGGAGAAUAUUUUACUAGAUGGCAACGGGAAUGUCAAGAUUGCUGACUUUGGCCUGUCCAACCUCUACCAUGGUGACGAGUAUCUUCAGACCUACUGUGGUAGCCCCCUGUAUGCAUCUCCAGAGAUUGUCAAUGGACGACCAUAUCACGGGCCAGAGGUGGACACUUGGUCUCUUGGUGUUUUGUUAUACACUUUGGUUCACGGCACGAUGCCCUUCGACGGAAACAAUCACAAAAUGCUGGUUCAACAGAUCAGCUCCGGAAACUACCGGAAACCCAAAACUCCAUCAGAUGCUUGUGGCCUUAUCCGCUGGAUGCUGAUGGUUAACCCAGAUCGUAGAGCUACGAUAGAAGAGAUCGCAGGACACUGGUGGCUCAACUGGGGUUACCGGCAGCCAUUACUGGAAGCAACAAAGAGCAGCCUGGCAGAUCAAAGCUCCUCUCCGGCCUCCACAACAACAUCACAACCUACAGGGAUGGCCAGUGUUGCUAGCUGGCUGCGUCGCACAACCAGGCCUUUACUGGAGAACGGUUCCAAAGUGCGCUGCCUGCUCCGUUCACAGGCCAGUGGAGGAGAUGUGAUCCGACAGCGCUCGUUGCGGAGGUCGCGGAAGGAAAACAACAUCUUACAGACGGUUCAUGAAGACGGCUCAGACAGUCGCCCCUCCAAGGGUAUUCUGAAAAGACGGAACAGCUCGAAACAGAAAGUGAUGAGUGAAUCUCCAGCUGCGGUCCCGGUAGAGCCUCAGAACGUUCUCAGUUUAUCUGCUACGUCCACUGAUCCGUCGGCUACUGCAGCUCCACGCAAAGGUAUUCUGAAGAAGCCAACAGAGCAGGAGUCGGGAUACUACUCCUCCUCUCCUGAGAACAGUGACUCUGGCUGGGUGCAACAAUCCAAAGACUGCCCUUCAGCCCCCACCUACAAGAAGGGCAUCCUGAAGCGAAACGGCAAAUUCUCCUCAGGGGGGUUGCAAGAGUUCGGCUCUCUUGAUCAUCUGGCGCCUUCUUUACCUCAGGGGGGUGUGAGGUCGAGACCAAGUGGGGCAAUCAGUGAGGACAGCAUUCUGUCCUCGGAGUCCUUCGACCAGCUGGAUCUCCCAGACCGUAUGGGAGCCCCAACUCGAAUCGAGAAACCAGGCAAGUCGAGCAUGAGAGGCUGCAUCUCUGCUGACAACCUGCUGGACAUUCACGAGGACAGGAUUCUCGGGGAUGGGUUAUUGAGGCCAUGGAACCGGUGCUAUGAGUCAGGGGUGGCCGACAGUACCUUUUCCAUCACCGACUGUGAUAACGUCACGGAGGCCUACAAACAGGCCAUGGUCAUACGGAGCUCGGCAGCGAGCUAAUGACCAGAGACCGGUCUGGGACGCUGAGAACAUUUUAAUUUUUUUUUUUUUAUAAUCCAGUAUUUUUAAAUGUCUGUUAACUACUGAAGACAUGAAUGUCAAAGUGCAUCAUGGGAAACUGUUAUUGCCUGGUAACAUUUUGGCCAACCCACGGUAAUUGCACGUAGCCAAAAAGGGAAGAGAGUUCUUCUUAAACCUAAGAUUGUAUUAUUGAAUUAUUGCUGAUGUCAUCGACCUAAACAAAGACAAAUCUUUGACACUUGAGUAAAAAUAAUUUAGAGAAACAUAUGUGCCUUAUUCUGCUGCAGUUGGACGGUGCCUUUAUGACAAUGUAAAUAGUCAAUCAUCUCCUGUUUGUAUCCAGUCAGAUUUCAUUCCAAAUGUCAUGACGUUGAAAACGGCAUUUUGUUGAAACCAAAGAUUUUUUCUGAUUUAUGUUUCAAUUUAAAGCACUGGGAAUGGUGCCAAGCAGCGCGCUGUUUGUUACAGUGACCUCACCUCCCUCUCAGAGAGCAUUUGUUUUUGUUUUUCCUAGGUGAUUUGGAUAAUGACUUGAAUAAUAAUCAUGGCAGAUGUGAGUCAUGACAGGAGUAGCAGGUAGAACCAGCUCCUGCCACCGGGCCCUCACACUGUUUACAUGUGUGCGGUCGGCAGUUUCACUGUAAAGGUGGAGCGGGGGAAUCGGAAAUGAUGUCAUCAUUUUUUUUUAAAUUUGGAAAAAAACAAUCAGGAAUUGUGACGCCGCAAACCGUAAUUAAUCUGAGCUCCACAGAACUGCUUUGCGUUGCGUGUGAUGCGGCAGGCGUAACCUUUCAUCUCAAUUACAAGCAUGACUCAUUGAGAUCAGGUGAAAGUGAACACUGUACUCAAGUCUGCGGAACCGCAGUGUAUCCAGGUCACUGGAACUGUAAAACCUAAAAUUAUAUCAGGUUUAAUUUUUUUUGUCACAGUAUCUGGAUUAACUUGUCAAAUUCUUUUUUCUAUUUUUCCUGUAAUUUCUCAUGCCCCUGGUGGCCAUAUGUGGCUACAUCGUUUUCUUUCUUUUUCUUUUUGUAUAAACUGUUAAGAGAUUCAAGGCAGUGCCUGGAAAAUCAUACUUGCUUAAACCUUUAAUACUUGAUAAUCAUUAACUUAAUUUAUCAUUUGACCUAUUUUGUGCAUAAAUUUGUUUUUCUUUUUUUGGUAAAAUGUCUUAGCAGCAUGAUGGUAAUUGAAACUGGAAUUUCCCAUAAUUACUGAUAAGUGUUUUGCUGAUUACCAUCGUGAGACACUGGGCAUCGAGUGAAAGACACGAUGCAUGCUGGACUUCCUUGUUCUUUCUUUUCCUAUGACUGACAUAAAUACCUUGUUUGCCAAAGCUGCUUGGUUUAUCAUUUGUAAGACCACGUGAUCUGCCAUGUCGUUGUAAUCGGUAUGAGGAAAUACAUGCAAUAAAAAGAAUAAGAAGUAAA